AUGGCUGGAUGUGGUUGCGGGCAUAGCGACCCCUUUGGAUCGUCACCGCUGUACAGCGAGUGGUGCACGCAGCCAGACCCGUUCCAGCUUCCCCGCUUCGUGGAUGGCAGGCUGGCCGACUUUGGACGCUCCACCCACUGGCUCAUGCAGGCGAUAUGGGCUGGCACGCACCUCAUGCAUGGCACAAGCGCAGCCACUGCCACUCAUCAACGGCACCCACAGCCCCACCACGAGACCCACAGGCGCCACCACCAUCACCUUCGCCACCACCGACGCCACCAUCACAACCGGCACCACCACAACCAACACACGCGCAGACGAGGCGAGCAGGGGUUGGCAGCCGCCGAUGCUGGCGACAGCGAUGGCCACGCGCCAUCAAAGGCACUGGUGCGAGCUUUCCUGCAGUCACCAACCUGGGGCAGUUUGGCUAUUGCAGGCUCGCUCCCCGAUGCAGCAGUGCCCGCAUCGCCAGCGCAAGCCUUCCACACCGCAGCCCACGCACAUCUCUGCACGCCCUUUGGUCAAACAACUCUCCACGUGGACAAAGAUCCGCAGGACCUACGCAUCUCCCUGGUGCGGCCCGUCUACUCGUCUCGUCAGUGCACGUGGGCCGGCGUCUUGCAAGGUUGCAUGGACACGAACAGCAUCACAUCUCACAGCUCCCAGCCAGCACCAGAGGUCUCGGCUGCCAUCGCUGUCGACUGCAAGCAGCGCGGCCGCGGAUUUGUGCAUCUCACACGAACCCACGACAACAGAGCGACAUUGUGGGCACGUGGUAUUGUGUAUGUUGGAGCGAUACAGGCGGGUAUGGACGUGCACUGCGAUGAACAAGCGGAGGUGUGCGACAUGAAUGCCCGCGUCGUGUAUUCAGGUGCCCGUCGACACGCCAUCACCGGGCAGCCGGAGAGCUACCAGGUUGCCCUGUCCUCCUAUCACUUUGGAACGGUCGUUGAGUUGUCACUGUUCCACCACACGGCGGUGCGUGUCAAUGCACUGCCCCUGUGCUAUUGGAAGAAUACAAGCUAUGGUCUUCUUCUCACCUACGACACAUCCCUUCUCAGACCGUUUCAGGUUCAAGUUGCAUCUUCGUGGCAGCUCGACAGCACCACGCUUGUGCAGGGAGCAGUGUCUGAUCGUGGCUGUUUCGAUAUUUCCAUCAAGACUAGGCCGUACCACUUCAACAGCACUGCGCUGAACGUUCUUCCUGAGAUGACGGUGGAUGUGACGCUGAGCUGUGACGUUGUUGCAUCACGCCUUGCCUUCUCUGCUUCCCUCUGCUUUGGGAGCGCGCGGCAGUGGCGGAAGCAGCACAGCCCCCUCCUCGAUCUGUAGUCGUGCCAGUAAGAAAUGGACCAGCGUGGUCGUGUGUGUAUGUGUGUGUGUGUCGUGUGCAAAGGAGGACAAGAGAGAGAGAGUGUGUGUGUGUCACUGUGUGUACAUUGUAGUGCAGAGGGAAUGUCUGGCUGGGCGUGAGGAUGUGUUUGAGUGACAAUGCGUGUUGCACCGCUGUUUCGUGUGCGUGUGUUCGUUCCCACUACUGCCGGUAUCACCAAUCAUCGUGCCUCUCGCAAUAAAUGACAACUGCAUG